AUGUCUGCCCUUUGCAAAGGACUACUGCUCUCAACCUUAGUAUCAGUCGCAGCUUCCUACGGAUUUCCGGACUGCAGAAAUGGUCCGCUCGCAAACAACACUGUUUGCGAUGGAGGAGCCUCCGUCGCAGACCGUGCAAAGGCGCUUGUUGCAAUUCUGGCCAUCGAUGAGAAGUUCAAUCUCACUGGCAAUACAUCUCCUGGAGUCCCUCGGCUGGGACUUCCAUCAUACCAAUGGUGGCAGGAGGCAUUGCACGGUGUAGCGAGCAGCCCCGGAGUGAACUUCAGUGCCUCAGGAGACUUUUCGCAUGCGACUUCAUUUCCGCAACCCAUCACGAUGGGAGCAGCUUUUGACGAUGCGCUCAUACAUGCUGUUGCGACCGUUGUCAGCACAGAGGCACGUGCAUUCAGCAAUGUGAAUCGAACAGGUCUGGACUUUUGGACACCCAAUAUCAAUCCAUAUAAGGAUCCACGAUGGGGUCGUGGCCAGGAAACGCCUGGUGAAGACACUUUCCAUUUGAAAUCUUAUGUCGCGUCCUUGAUCGAUGGAUUGCAAGGAGGUUAUGACCCAGCAAUCAAAAAGGUCAUAGCAACUUGCAAGCACUUCGUGGCAUACGAUCUCGAAAUCUGGGAGAACACAGAUCGGUACAACUUCGAUGCGAUUGUCACAACACAAGACUUGGCAGAAUAUUACUUCCAACCAUUUCAAACGUGUGCUCGGGACGCUGCGGUUGGAUCGAUAAUGUGCUCGUAUAAUGCUCUCAACGGAGUACCGACCUGUGCCGAUCCAUAUAUCCUUCAAACGAUUCUAAGGGAUCACUGGAACUGGACAGGAGAUGGCUACUAUGUGACUUCUGAUUGCGAUGCAAUUCAAAACAUUUAUGCACCGCACUACUAUGCUCCGACUCGAGAGCAGGCGGUUGCGGAUGCAUUGGUCGCUGGAACUGACUUGAAUUGCGGCUCUUAUUAUCCAACUCACCUUCCAGACGCGUAUGAUCAAGGCUUGUUCGACGAUUCGGUCAUUGACCAGACCGUCACAAGACUUAUCUCGGGCCUCCUCAAAUUGGGGUACUUUGAUCCUCCAUCAGCUACUCCGUAUCGAUCUCUGGGAUGGUCGGAUGUUUUGACACCUGAUGCUGAAGCACUCGCUCUCAAAGCAGCUGAAGAGGGCAUGGUAUUACUCAAAAAUGAUGGGCUUCUGCCGUUGUCCCUUCCCACGGAUCAUAAUACUACGAUUGCUCUCCUUGGUGGCUGGGCAAAUGCAACCACGAAAAUGCAAGGGAACUAUUUCGGUGUUGCACCUUACCUCCAUGCGCCACUGUAUGCAGCUCAACAACUUCCUAAUGUCAAUGUGAAAUAUGGAGGUGGAUUUGGAGUGCCCACAACUGAUGGUUGGGAUGAAUUACUCACUGCUGCUGAGGCAGCUGACAUCAUCAUCGUGGCCGAUGGUAUCAGUACCAGCGAUGAAUCUGAGAGCAAAGAUCGGUAUAAUAUUGGUUGGCCACCAGCCUCUGUCGACAUCAUCAAUCAAUUCGCCUCGAUGGGCAAGCCAGUGGUCCUUGCACAGUUUGGCACGCAGCUGGACAACAGUCCAUUUUUGAGCCACCCAAACAUUUCCGCAAUCAUCUGGGGUGGUUAUCCUGGCAUGGCUGGUGGUGAUGCUCUUUUCAACAUCCUGACUGGAAAGACGAGUCCUGCUGGUCGACUCCCGAUCACGCAAUAUCCAGCAGAAUAUGUCAACCAAGUUCCAUUGACUGACAUGAACCUUAGACCUAAUGCAACUUCAGGAAACCCGGGCCGAACUUACAAGUGGUAUGACAAGGCUGUCGUCCCAUUCGGCUAUGGAUUACACUACACGAAUUUCAGCACUACUAUCAUCGAACCAAGCCAAUCUAGCUACGAUAUUUCGUCCUUGGUCUCAAGCUGCAACGGAUCAGACUCUCAAUAUCUCGAUCUUUGUCCUUUUACAGCUAUCCAGGUCAACGUGACCAAUAUUGGUCAAGUCUCAUCAGAUUUUGUGACUUUAGGCUUCAUCUCUGGACAAUAUGGGCCAGCUCCAUACCCCAUCAAGCAAUUAGUGGCUUAUGAGCGGCUGUUUGACAUCCCAGGCGGAAGCAGCUCCAUAGCGACUUUGAAUUUGACGCUCGGAAGUCUAUCGAGGUACGACGAGAAUGGCAAUCAAGUGUUGUUCCCUGGGGACUAUGCCUUGUUGGUCGAUGUGCCAACACAAUCGAUGUUGCAUUUCACGUUGACUGGUGCCCAAGCUGUAUUGGAUGAAUGGCCUGAGAAUCCAGCUACGGGUCAACAGAAAAGGGAGAUACUGUUUGAAUGA